CUUACAGUAGUAAAAAAAAAAGUUUUGUAUUUUUUUACGACACAGUCAUGUCAAUUGAUCCUACCAAAUACUCUGACCCAAAUUACUUUAAAGUUUCAUUAAAGACACCAAUGGCUAUUGCCAUUGCUGGUGGUGCUGAUUCAGGAAAAAAAGCAUUUUGUGAUGCACUGACAGCCAGAAUCAAUAAAAAAUAUCAUGCUAGAGUAGCACUCAUCAGCUUAACUCAAUUCUAUCGCGAACUUACACCAGAAGAAAGACGAAAGUACGAGACAGGCAACUAUUAUACAGACCAUCCCAACGCUUUUGACUUUAAGUUACUCGAGAACACAUUAAAAUCAUUAUUGUCUGGCAAACCUACUUCUGUUCCUGAAUGGGACUCGUCUAACCAUACAAGAAUGGGAACCUACAUUAUUGAACCAGUCGAUGUCAUCCUGAUAGAAGGAACCCUUUUACUUUAUCAAAAGGAAAUUACGGAUUUAAUGUUUAUGAAAGUGUUUAUUGACGAAGACAGCGAUGAAAGAUUAGCGAGAAGAGUACGAAAGAAGAAGAUUAGAAAUGGAAAAGAGCUAUCACUCAAGGAGAUCUUGAUGGAUUAUGUGGAUCGAGUUAAACCAAUGUACGAAGAGUAUAUUUUGCCUACAAAGAAGUUUGCAGAUAUUGUCAUACCAAGAGGCGCAGAGAAUACGAUCGCCUUACAGGUUAUGACAAAUCGUGUUGAAGAAUAUCUUGAUUCACGUCAUGAGGACAAAAAGGAAGCCACAGUAAACCCUGGUGCGGCAGAGAUUUUGGCACAGCAUAUAAAUAGCUCAUAUAAAAACAUUCCUAAAUAAAUAUAAAAAACUGUUCUGCAAAUAUGACACAGUGCAUCAAACACCCCAAUUCGUUUGCAAAUAGCUUUUAGUUUCUAAUACUGAUAAUUAUUAAAAAACUAAAGGGAAGCUGUUUUUUUGGUACAAUAAAAUGACCACAUGGUAUAUUGGUUCUUAUCACUGACAUAAAUGGCUUUAAUUGCAUAUUUGCUUCCAACCCGCGAUUUCACACAGGACUGAAGAAAACCAACAACAGCUGAGGAUUGAACCUCCUUUAAUGAUAAGCUAGUUCUUCUUUUUCUCUUUCUCUCUCUUU